AUGUGGCUCUACAGAGGGGCACAAUCUGCAGUGUUCUAUUACGCUUCCUGCACACCUUGCGGCGAAUACCUGUACAAACGAAAGCGAAGGAGAGAGGCCGCCCGAACCGUUCGAGAACCAAGUAGAGAUGGACUAGUCUCCGAUCAACCCGUCUUUUUCCAUCAGCCGUUCCCUUUUACUACAAACGCGUACUGGAGCGAGGAGAUUGCUCUUGGCCCCGGCCCACCGUCGCGAAAAGGGCACCGGAAUGGCAGUCGCACCAGCAGUCAGAGGAAUUUAGCAUCUCCGGAGGAACCACACAAUCAUGAGGCGUUGACGGAAGCUCUACAUGGAAUAAAGAAGGAUAAGGAUAAAGAUGCGUCGAAGAAUCCCAUUGGAGAUGCUUGGAAUAGAAUCCGUUAUCAGCGUGAAGAUGAAGUUCUAUGGGGAGUGGAAGUGAAAGGGUCUUCCGUGGGACUCUCUGGCAGGGGCCGAUCAGGCACACAUUCGUCUAAGUAUUACAUUGCCCGAAAUCCUGAAGUCAACGAUCUCCACCCACCAGUUGUCUGUGGUCCUCGAAGCAGAGAAGAAACCAAAUGGAUGUUACAACCUCCUCCGAGCGCGAAGGUUAUGGCGGGAAAGCAACCCCAUUUCAAACUCGCCGUCCCGCCGCUCUCAACGAUCGCCUCGAGUUCUCGCCUAUCUGUCAACACUCCAACAUCUGAAAACACACAUUUAAACCCAUCUCCUACGUUGAAUUCCCGCUCCAAUUCUCCCAUUCUCCAAUCUAUCACCCGCGAGCCCAUAAAGCCACCAGCACAGACAUUACUUCACAGAAGUGUCACUGCCCACCUGGAAGAUCGCCCCUCAACGAACGAAACAGCGGAUAGCGGAAAAGCUUUCCACCCUCGCACCCCAUCAACUCCAGCUUGGGCGGCUCUCACACAUACAACUUCCCCCGACUACGAUAUCAAUCCGUACUUUAAAUUGCCACUACAGGUGGACAUUGAUGAUCUCACUGAGGAUGACAUGAGCGACCUGGACGACUUACGGCAUUUCCGACCGUAUCGGUGGAGCAUGGAUAUAUAA